GUCCCGGACCCCGGCGGCGCCCGCAUCGGCUCCGGCGGCGCCACGCUCCACGCCGUCGCCUCCCUCGUCCGCCACCUCCUCUCCCAGGCCUCCGAGGAAGAGAUCGCCGAGUUCUUCCCCGAACCAAACGGUUCCUCUCCCGCCGACCUCCCGCUCGCCUCGGUGACACGCUUCAUGUCCACGAAGCACGUGCUGCUGCUCCACGCCGGCGGGGACAGCAAGCGGGUGCCCUGGGCGAACCCCAUGGGGAAGGCCUUCCUGCCCGUGCCCUACUUGGCCGGGGACAACCCCGACGGGCCCGUCCCGCUGCUCUUCGACCACAUCCUCGCCAUCUCCGCCAGCGCAAGGCAAGCAUUCAAGAACCAAGGUGGAAUGCUCAUAAUGACGGGGGACGUCCUCCCGUGCUUCGACGCCUCGGACCUAGUCCUCCCCGACGACGCCGCGUGCAUCGUCACGGUGCCGACGACGCUGGACGUGGCCUCUAACCAUGGAGUGGUUGUGGCCUCCAAGGAUGGAACCCAGGGGGAGAAUUACUCUCUCUGUUUGGUUGAUAAUCUGCUGCAGAAGCCAGCAAUGAGCGAGCUUGUGGAGGCGCAGGCCUUUCUAGAUGAUGGUCGGCCGCUGCUUGACACAGGGAUAAUAGCUGUGAGGGGUAAAGCAUGGCAGGAGCUUGUUGCCCUCGCAUACUCAUCUAGCCAGGCCAUCAUUCGGGAGAUCAUCACUAGCAGAAACGAGCUGAGUUUAUAUGAAGAUCUUGUGGCUGCAUGGGUACCGACCAGGCACGAAUGGUUGAGGAACCGUCCAUUUGGCAGGCAACUCAUUGCUGCUUUAGGAAGCCACAAGAUGUUCAGCUUUUGUUCAUAUGACUUCACUUUUUUGCAUUUUGGUACAUCUGCUGAGGUUCUAGAUCAUUUGGCGGGUACAUAUUCAGCACUUGUAGGUCGAGGGCACAUGUGUUGGAUACCAGAGACGACUGCUUGUGAUAUUGCUGCUACAACUGUCAUUUUGUCUAGCAAAAUUUCUGCUGGGGUCUCAAUUGGAGAGUAUUCGUUGGUUUAUGAUUCAUCACUGUCAGGCAGAGUAAGGAUUGGUUCUCAGUCGAUUGUGGUUGGGGUGAAUGUACAUGAGUUAAUCGAGGAUACUCCUCAUGUUUUUAGUAGCACCUGUUUCACAUUACCUGAUCGGCAUUGCCUCUGGGAAGUGCCUUUGGUAAACUCCAUGGGAAGAGUUAUGGUCUACUGUGGUCUUCAUGACAAUCCAAAACUUUCUAUAAAGAGGGACGGGACAUUCUGUGGAAAGCCAUGGAGAAAUGUCUUGGAAGAUCUUAAAAUCCAGGAUACCGAUAUGUGGGACUCAUCCAACCAUGACAAGUGCUUGUGGAAUGCUAGGCUUUUCCCCAUCAUGUCUCCCUCUGAAAUGCUAAAUGUAGGCAUGUGGCUCAUGGGAUCCGGAAAUGAUCCAGAUGGUGAAGUUAGUUGCAUGUGGAGAAAAUCACAGAGAGUCAGCUUGGAAGAGCUGCAUCGUUCAAUUGACUACCAUCAGCUUUGCACGGAUUCUAGCAAGCAUCAAGCAGAUAUUGCAGCUGCCAUAGCUAAAAGAUGCAUGACUAAUGGCUUACUCGGGCGUAACCUGUUUCAGCUAUGUGAGGAAAUGUUAGUGAAUAAUGAUUCCAGUUCACAAGUCUGUAAAGAAUUACUUACAUAUUUUCCUAGUCAUGGGGAUCAGUAUUCUGGCGUUCUUCCUCAGAGCAGAGCAUACCAGGUCAAAAUGGAUCUGCUUAGAGCUUCUGGAGAUCUUUCUACUGCAUCUAUGGUUGAAGAGAAAGUAUGGGCCUCUGUUGCAAGUGAAACUUCAUCGGCUGUAAAAUAUGGGUCUAAAGAACCAUCAACUGAUGCAAUGAGUACAAGCAAUGGAAACUUGCAUCCCAAGAAGGCCAUGGUAGAAUUACCGGUCCGUGUUGACUUUGUUGGGGGUUGGAGUGAUACACCUCCAUGGAGCUUGGAGCGUCCAGGUUGUGUUUUGAACAUGGCAAUAAGCUUGGAAGGAAGCCUUCCUGUUGGAGCUAUUAUAGAGGCAACAGAAGACCACCAUGGAGUUCUUAUUGAAGAUGAUGCCGAGCGAAAGGUUUAUAUCGAUGAUCUGUCAUCAAUCUCUCACCCAUUCAGAGAAGCCGAUACAUUCCGUCUAGUCAAGUCUGCUCUUGUUGCCACUGGUAUCCUUGGCCAUAGAAUACUGUCAAAGUCAGGUUUAAAGAUCAGGACCUGGGCAAAUGUUCCUCGCGGAAGUGGUCUAGGCACUUCUAGCAUAUUAGCAGCUGCUGUAGUUAAGGGUCUAUUUCAACUGAUGGAAGACGACACGAGUGAUGAUAAUGUUGCUAGAGCUGUGCUGGUAGUGGAACAAAUAAUGGGCACGGGCGGUGGGUGGCAAGAUCAAAUUGGCGGCCUGUAUCCUGCAAUCAAGUGCACAGAGAGCUUUCCAGAACAGCCGUUGCGCUUGCAGGUUGUUCCACUGCUGGCAUCUCCUCAGCUGAUUCAGGAGUUGGAACAGCGCCUCCUGGUUGUGUUCACUGGCCAAGUGAGGCUCGCCCACCGAGUCCUGGAGAAGGUCGUCACCCGGUACCUCCGGCGCGACAGCCUCCUGAUAUCCAGCAUCAAGAGGCUGGCCGAGCUUGCCAACACCGGGAGAGAAGCCCUGAUGAACGGCGAGAUGGACGAGCUGGGCGGCAUAAUGCUGGAGGCCUGGAGGCUGCACCAGGAGCUGGACCCAUUCUGCAGCAACAGGGCCGUGGACGAGCUCUUCGCGUUCGCCGACCCGUACUGCUGCGGGUACAAGCUGGUCGGAGCCGGCGGCGGCGGCUUCGCCUUGCUGCUGGCCAGGAGCGUGAGUUCUGCAGGUGAACUCCGGCGGGCGCUCCGGGAGUCCGCCGCGUUUGAUGUCAAGGUGUACGACUGGAGCGUCGCCAUGCCCCGAUGACUAGGAGAGGAGAGAGCGCAUGACUAUCUGGAAGCUUUGUCGCCUUACUAUAAUCAUUGUGGUAUACUGUAUGUAGGAUGAAGAGAAUUUCGUUGCUGUCAUUUUGUACUUUCUGCUUCAGGCAUUGCGUACUGGACCAGGUGUAGUACUCCUUUUCAGUAAUACAUUCGGCAGAUGAUUCAGACAACCGGUUGCAAACAGAAUAUAAACAUUUACGGAAUAAAUAAAUUUUACUACAAGCUAGUAGAUUCGAGUU